AUGUCAAGCUCGCCCCCUGCCAACGAGGAUGCCGCUUCUGCUGCAUCACUGAGCACAAGCAUUUCGCCAGCCCUUCCUCUCACGCCAUGCUCUCUGGACUCUCCCUCGCUGGGUGCGCCUCCAGAGUUCACCGGUCGUCAGGGCCAUGCAACGACCCAUCCACCAUCUUCCUCAAACCCUGACACCGUCUCGCCCGUUGCUCUCGUCAAUGAUGCAACCACCCAAGUCACCACCACCUCCCUGACAACGCCAACCGCCAUGGGCACUACCGCCGACAGCAACACAGGUCCUGCUCCUCAAAGUGCUGGUGCCACUCCCACGCCAUCUUCUUCUCCUAGUGCUGCAAGAGACAACGCUCCCGCUCUUGCUGCCAACCUCAAUCCCAGCAUGCCGACCCAAUCCCAAAUAACCACCCCUGUUGCUUCGCCAAGUCCUCAAUCUGACACCCACCAUUCCGGAAUGCCUGACCUUCGGUCUCAAGCUACCUCAGAUGCCGGCCCGCCGCAGAAUAAAAGGCCGCGCCCCCCUGCCUUUUUACAUCGGCAGCCUGGCUCGUCCCUUCUAACUCAGGCCCUCGCUACCGCCCGCGGAAUUCCUCCCCAACGCCCUUCCCCGCCUUCCACCACCACUGACCCUUCGGCGCCUCAGCCGUCUCUUACCAGUGCCUCCACUAACACACACACUACACCGGAUACCACCUUGACACUCCCUCACCACCCGGCGAUCCUCUCUAGACCUUCCCCAACUACUCGCCUAGACUCUGAUCAACCGUCACGCAACUACCAAGAUGACUUGUUUCAAGAAGCUGGCGACGCCGUGACACCAAAGGCUGCCAACUCGUUUUCGUCUACGACCAUGGCAGCCUCGGCCUGCCAAGUCGUACCCUCGCCUACUACUUCUACUUUUCCUAUCCCCGACACCUACCACCUCACUACCUCUCCUUCCCAGGCUUUGCAGGCCCACCCUACCACUAAUACCAUGAUAUUGGGCAACCAUGGCUCCAUGCUGUCCGCCAUUGGCGGCAACCCCAUCGAUAGGUUUGAAAGGGAAAUGAGAGAGAUUGAACGCCAAAAGACAGCAAGGUCAUUUUCUCAUUCCUCUGACAGGGGAGAUGCACCUGCAUCCCAACCCUCUAGUGCCGCCGAUCGGAUGUCGGCCUUCUCAAGCAGGAGAGAGUCACUUGUCUCCGAAGAACGGCAAUCCCCCACCAACGUUCGGAUCUCUGACGCCCGUUACUCCGAGAAGAUGUGGUCAAUUGGGUCAGGUGAUAUCGAUGGCGAGCAGGACGGUCAUGUUGAAAAAUCGGUCGCCAAAGCCAUGUCCAGAGCGGAGCCCAACAAUCGAAGUCGCAAGGCAAGCCAUACCUUAGGCUUCUUUAGGGAGGGCCUUCCGGAAGAGAAGGCCAAGAAGAGGGAUGUUAAGACGCCGAGCCAGAUCAGAGCCAAGUCGGCUACUCGUCCUACUCAAACCCCAGGCAAGGAUAUCAUCGCCGAAGAACCUACUCAAGCUGCCGAUGAUGGCCGGCUCACCAUCGCCACUCCCACCUCGAUUGAAAGCUUGCCGGCGGAUCUCGUUGAUUCUAAUGCCAUCCCGUCCGCCCGUCACACGCGGCGAACCGCCACCAUCGAAGAGCCUAACGGCCAAUUGGACGCCUCGGCCUCACAGGUAACCUUCACAAGUGGUAUAGACGCCUCGCUCCAUGACGAGACGGAAGGCGAACCGUCAGGUCGCCGUCGGGAUUCGACCGAUAGUAUUGAAAUGGGAGACCAGCAAGAUUACGGCGACGACUCGGGAGAGGAAAAGAUCUCGUCCGCGCUCUUCCUUCCGCAUCAAGACCCACAGGGUACCGACGAUGAGAAAUGCGGUGCUAUACUCGCGCGCCCUUCGGCAGCGACCCGCUCUCAGUUACGAAGUCAGGACUAUAAAUCUUGGCUCGUCAAGGCUGGGGAGCCCGAACCCGAGGAGGAUCGGACGCCGCCCUCGACGCCGCCCUCGUCAAAGGCGAGUUACAGCCAUCGGCAGGUUAGCAAAGCUACAGAAGGAGACACGGACAUGGUAUGCGAUGAAAUCAAAAUGAUCGAUGAGGCUGAAAGUAUUAUUCGUCCGGAUGCCUUGGUUGUUCCACCGCCUACUCAUGACGAGCAGUCGUACGAUAACUUCCAGGCCCCUAAACAGCCCCUAGAGGCCAUUGAACUUAUUCCGUACAAACACCAGGUUGGCGGCCACACCACCAUCUGGCGCUUUUCUAAGCGAGCCGUCUGUAAGCAGCUCAACAAUAGGGAAAAUGAGUUUUAUGAGACUGUUGAGCGGUAUCACCGUGAUUUGCUAUCGUUUCUACCUAGAUAUAUUGGUGUGCUCAACGUUACUUUCCACAAGCUGCCGAAACGCAAGGCCGCGAUUACGUCCAAGAGAGAUGACGUUGCGCAGGAAAGGAAUGGCCUUGCGCAGGAUGCCCCGCAUAAAGGUCAGGAGGAAGGCCAAAGCCAGACGCAGCCGGGGACCACAGGCCACCGUAGGAUUGUUAGUCAGUCGUUCGCGAACGCGCCGGUUCAAAUACCUACUGUCACGUUUGACGAUAACAGACACAUCAUUCCGCGGAACCUACUUCAGCCUGAGUUUUCUGCCUUCGAGUCUGCGCCCAGUUACCGAAAUACGUUCGGCUCUAACGGGGUGUUCAAGGCCCGGACUCAGAGUCGGAUGAACCUUGAUAUUGGCACCAAGAGCUGGGGCGCGACGACGGUUAACAAAAAAUUACGGAAUGAAGUGUUCAAUGACGCAUUCCUGAAGCAGCCGGUCGCUAUCCAGAAGCACCGCCGGCCUCAUCGACGGCCCCCAGUCCCAAGACCAUCUGGUGUUUCCAGUCAACCGUCUCUGAGGCCCGCGACUUCGGAUUCUAUUUUGCAGACCCAUGAAUGGCCAGGAACUUUCGAAAGCCGAGGUCAGCCCCAAGGUCCCGUCUCGGAUUUCGCGACGGCGAUUCAAGUGCCGGCGCGGUCUACUCUUCGCCACGAAGGCAUCCAGGCGGAUGAACUGAAAGAUGUUUCCAGUCGAGGUUCUGAGGACGAAGUUAAGGACGUAACCGGGACUAGUGCUCCUGAACCCGAAACUCUGGUUGACCAGGUCUUAUCGCAGAAGCGGAAGCGUCGAUAUUCUGGCAGUGGAUUGCGCAGGAAGCCCCAAGUUGGAAGCGAUUCGAGAGGUGACCUCCAGUACUUUGAAGAGGCGGACCAAGGCUCGUAUCAGGCAGAAGAGGGAGAAGCGGUCUUUGCGCCAGCGGAGGCGGUGGAGUCAACAGUAAUGCCGGAUGCACUGGGCGAUGCUGGCGACUACGUGGACUCGCCCGUCUCUACUCACCCCUCCGGGCUGUCGCCAGUGUUCAAGAUUCCUAGGCCAGUCAAUCCAAAAGAAGCGCAGACACAGAGGGAUUCGCGUGUUGAGUAUUUCCUUUUGCUCGAGGAUCUGACGUCGGGCAUGAAACGCCCUUGCAUCAUGGAUCUCAAGAUGGGCACCCGCCAGUAUGGCGUAGACGCCACGCCUAAGAAGCGGGAGUCUCAAAAAGGGAAAUGCGCGCGGACGACGUCGAGGGAGCUCGGAGUUCGAGUUUGCGGCCUCCAGGUGUGGGAUGCAAAGAGCCAGACAUACAUUUUCCGUGACAAGUAUGAAGGGAGAAGGCUCAAGGCUGGAGCAGAGUUCCAAGAGGCCCUUACACGCUUCCUCUACAACGGAAUUGACUAUUACAGUAUUCUCCGGCAAAUACCCACCAUCCUGCAGAAACUUGACCGGCUUGAGAGGAUCGUAAAGGGAUUACGAGGCUACAGGUUUUACGCGGCCAGCCUUCUCAUGUUUUACGAUGGGGACACUUCGACGGACGCCAGCGACUACGAUACGUGCAUCGACGAUUCGACAACCGACGCGGCUACUGAUGCAGAGGAGCCGUCCGCGCACAGACGAAGGAAGAAGAAUAAGCGUGAGGUCGAUUUUAAGAUUGCCGAUUUUGCCAACAGCAUUACGGCAGCCUCACGUGUGCUGGACAGGCCGUGUCCGCCGCAAUAUCCUGACGAGCCCGACCGAGGAUUCCUUCGUGGACUGUCCAGUCUGCGGAAGUACUUCCUGAAGAUUCAAAGAGACACGCGGGCCGAGCUAGGUAUCGAACCGCUACCGAGACACACGAGAUUUGGAGAAGCGAUGGCUCUCGACGAAGAAGAGGAGGGCUUCAUUAGCGAGUGA